GACAGCCAUAGACAAUUACUCAUAGUCACGCGCAUAUGUAGUCACUCUUAUAAUAUUGGUUAUUCCACAGUUGAGACAGUUUUUCCUUCUUCUCGAGCAGAGAGUGAUUUGGACAGAAUAGAAAAUCUCCUCCUUAUGGUUUGUCAUCUCUCUGCUUCUUCCUGCUUGGAUACAUUGUGACCUGGAAAACUUAGAGAUGUGUCCUGUGGGCUCGUGGUGUCUCAUCUUCUUCUCUGUCUUGGGGUGUUACUGGGUGCCAGCAAAUUGCUAUUCUAAUGGCAAGGUCACAAAGUCCUGUGGCAACAUGACACCCCAACAUGGUGGCUCUGGUCAAACUGCCCAGAGCCCCUACUGGAUAAAAACCAACACCACCACGUUCAGUCCUGGAGAUCACAUCCAAGUCACCCUGUCUGGAACAACAUAUUUUGAGGGGUUCCUGCUUCAGGCCAGAGAUGCAGCUAAUCAGAGCUCAGUAUCUGCAGUUGGAACCUUCACCCUGACCAAUUCGAGCACAACGCAGCUGCUCACCUGCAACAAUCACCAGGGCUCAGCAGUGAGCCACACAAGUGAUGCCAGACAGACAGAGGUGGUUGUCACCUGGAAUCCCCCUCAAGAUGCUCCGGGAGCGAUUCAGUUUUUUGUGACUGUAGUUGCGCACUAUAAUAAAUUUUGGGUAAAGCAACCUGGACCAGUUAUCUGCCAACAUGGUGUUACUCCCUGCACACCUCAGUCCACCACAGCACCGACAGUACCAACAACCACACCCUCUAUCCUGCCUGGACCGUUCACGUCUGAUGGCUGCGGCCAAUCGAAGUCUUGCUUGUUGGACCCUCCGGGCUGCAAUCCAGUCCGUGAUAGUCACUGCUUCUUCCUGUCCAUGUCUACAGAGGGACCAGACAAAACGUCUGUGGUUUUCGAGAUGAGUGGCCCACAAGAGGGAUACAUGGCCUUUGCUCUGUCAUGGGACACAUGGAUGGGCAAUGAUGAUGUGUAUAUCUGUGUACAAGACGAGGACAAGGUGUCAGUGAAUGCUGCCUAUGUCAGUGGAAGAACGCACCCCGAGGAUGAAUCACAGACUGGUCUCUCGUCAGUGUCGUGGCGACUGUCAGAUGGAUCGAUCCAGUGUAAGUUCAGUCGACCAGUCAAAUUAAGCAGCCAGGACCCAGCCCGCUUUGACCUGGACCAAGAGUACUUUGUGUUCCUGGCCAGUGGGAAGGCUCAUGAUGGUAAUAUAAGGAGACACAGACAACAACCAUUAAUCUCCACUCACAAAAAACGUAUCACUGGCCCUCCAGAAGUCCUCAGAGGCUCCCGGGGACCAAUGAUUAUGAAAAUGCAUGGUGCACUAAUGCUGUUAGCCUGGAUGCUAACAGGAAGUGUUGGUACCGUCAUUGCCAGUUUCUAUAAACCUGAUUGGCCAAAUCAGAGUCUGUUUGGCCAGAGAGUCUGGUUCCAGGUUCAUCGAGGCCUGAUGAUGUUAACUGUGACUCUGACCGUAGUAGCCUUUUGCCUCCCAUUUGGUUACAGGAAAGGCUGGAGUAAGCAUGCAGGUGCUCAUCCCUAUCUAGGCUGCUGUGUUCUGGUUUUAUCUCUGAUUCAGCCAAUAUCAGCAGUGUUCAGACCACCUCCUAACUCUGACAGGAGAUUUAUCUUUAACUGGGCUCACUUGGCAGUUGGCUCUAUGACUGAGAUCCUGGCAGUGGCAGCAAUGUUCCUAGGACCACAACAGUCAUCUUUACUCUUACCUCAUCCAUGGGUAACAAAGGUUUUGAGUGGAUAUGUGGCAUGGCUGUUUUCAUUCCGAUUCCUCCUUCUGAUGCACAAGUACUUUUAUAAAAGAAAAGCACUGGAGUCAGAUGAGCAGGGAAUUCUUUCUGGGCAGACUCGCCAGGGGUCUUUCAUAAAAUCCAUCAUCUUGGCUCUCUUGGCUUUGGGAAACUCUGGCUUCUUGAUUGCCUUGCUGGUUUCUAUUGGUAAAAUUUAACUUGUAAUGGCAAAACAAUAUAAAUAAACAUGACAUAUUGAAAGGUGACUUUUCUAAUGGAAGACUUAGACUAGUUCCAGGUUCUAUGUUCCAAGUCCGUACUCAACUUUAAUAUCAAUCUAAUCAUAUUUACCUUUUUGUAGUAGUUUUACACUGACUUCAUACCCAGAUUUUCAGAUUCACAGCAUUAUGCUAUUUUCAGUGAUUAUUAAUGUUUCAUAGUAGCACUUCUAUGCCCUCACUGAAUUAUUCAUUAAAGAAAACACAGGAAUAAGCAAAA